AUGAAAAGAAUAUUUUCGUGUUAUAUGUAUUUGUAUUUUCUGUACGUAUUACGAAUAGGUACACAAACAUGGUACGGUGAUGAUUAUCCAGAUGAAUAUCUUCCUUACACACCAUAUGAUGAUGCUGCCAGGAAUCAAGGUUAUGCAAUGCAGCAGGAUGCAAAUAAUAGAGCGAGAGUUUUGGGAUAUCCAAGUGCUGCUACUGCCUCUGAUAUGGCAGGAGCUGCUAAUGCGGCUGAUGCGUCAAGACUUGCCGGCGCAGUGAAUGCAGGAAGACUUGCAGGUGCUGCCGGUGCUGCGGGACUUGCAGGUGCUGCCGGUGCUGCGGGACUUACAGGUGUUGCUAAUGCUGCACAUGCAGCUGGUGUUGCAAAUGCACUAGGAGCAGCAGGUGCGCCGUAUGCUGCAGGAGCUGCAAAUGCUGCAGCUCUAGGACUCCAUAACCGAUCGAUUUAUCCAAUGGGUGGUGCGUAUCGUCAUUUAGGAACCAGAGAUGGGUACGGUUAUGAUGGUGGCGCACCAGACUAUUAUGAAUCAUUUAAUGGACAGUAUUUCGAACCAUAUAAUUACGGGCACAGAGCUAACAGAUUCGGAAGUGGUGCUCAUGCACGGAAUUUUGCAGACUUUGAGGUUGGUGUUUUAAGCGGUGAAUCAACACAAGAAAGUGAAGAACUGGGACAGAUGUAUGAAGAUGUCACCGGUCAGCACAAUACUGGCUUGAAUAUAGGUCUUAGAGGCGGCUUCGGCGGCUUAGCAGGUGUGGCGGGCGCAGCGGGUCUUGAGGGAGGCCUUGGCCAUGGAAGAGGGAGUCACACGAUUUGGACGCAUCCCAUUGGUCCUAAUGCACUAGCGAGUAUAGUCGAAAUUAAUGAACUAGGCGGUCCGGCUGGGCAUUCAGCCUUUAGACAGGAGCGUGUCAAUAACUUAGCGCAUGAUAUUGCUAAUGGACGUGUUGGCGGAAUGCUUGGAGAGGCUGCACUGAGAGGAAAUGGUGGUCUUACUGGUGCCGCUGGUCUAGGAAAAAUUAUAGGAAACGAGCCAGGAUUUGGAUCAAAUCUCGGUGCAUUUGCCGGUAUUGCCACUGCAUCGGGCUUAAAUGGCGGGAUAACCAUGAGCCCCGAGGACCUGGGAUAUGAAGGUAAGGAGAGUCUGGGCGCAACUUCCAGAGUGGCAGCUGCAGGCAAACUCGGCCAAAGCCUAGGUAUAAAAGCUGGUAUUAAUGCUGGAAUAGGCGACUCGCUAAGUUUGGAAACGCUAGCCGGGCUGGGACAGGGGAUGGCCGUGGCCCAUGUACUAGAUGAUCAUACGAAUGCCAUAAAGAUAGAGGGUAUAGAAGGACCAGCAGCCAAGGUUGCAGGAUACGCAGGCAUUCCAGGAUCAGGCGGAUACGGCAGCUAUGCAUCAUUGCUGGGGAUGGGUCCGAGCGGAUCCGCAUCAUGGGCGGCAUCCCAUGCUCUUGGUGCCCGCGGAGGUGAUGUGGUAGCCGAAAAUGCAGCGUUUAACGAUGUUAAAUUGAUAAAACGACUGAACGAGGACAUCCAACGCAAGAAAGAGGAUGUUAUCGAGGACACGCUUAAGAAGAAAAUGCUAGAAACCGAUCUUGAAGAAGAGCUCAAGAAAUAACGGAGAUGCUAAGAAUGGAUAACUUGCCAGAUAAUCAGGUCACGCUUUGCGUUAAUAUAUUGCACUUCCCCCCAGACAAGUAGAGUCGUAACGAUGCAUUCUUUUAGAAACACAAAGCAUGAAUUUUGAUGAAACGAUGUGUUUUAAACGGCAGUUUCAGUUAGCAAUCGUUGAAUAAAGUCCUUUGCCGCUUUUAAUAAAGAAAUAAAGUCCCUCGUUUUUGAACUGUGGCUUGUUAAACGUUUAAAGUGCC